GCGAGCGCGAGCGAGGAGGAGGACAGCUAAGCGUCGUGGCGCGCGGCCUCUUGAGAAUCCGAGAAGCUUUGCGAGCAAGCCUCUCUCCAGGUGGAUUGGAUUCAUUUUGCUCGCCGCCGCAGCGGUAGCCGGUAAUUACAGCGAGAGAGAGAGAGGAGUUGGAGGUGGAAGACGAAGGAUGCAGUGGGUGUGAGCUGCGGGGGAGGAGUAACCUCGCUGUCGCUGUCGCUGGGGGAGGAGGCGACACCACCAGCGUCCCCACGCACGCGCGCGGGGCCGGCGGGCGGGCGGGCUACGCCCACCAGCACCACCUCCAUGGCUGCUUCGUCCCAAAACCCAAGGCCCAAAUCCUAACCACCGGAGAGAGGAGGGAGGGAGGGUUGGAGGCUAGGCUAGGCUAGUCCCCAUCCCCUCCACGCACAUCGCGGCCCUUCCACCGCACGCUAGAUCGGCGGCGGCGGCGGUCCUCUCGGUUGGAUCCAAUGUGGUGAGGUGCUGUUGAUGCGGCGGACGAUCUGAGGUGGAGAGGCGGGGAUGGCGGCGCCGGCGGCGGGUGCGGCCGAGCGGCAGCAACAUCAGCAGCAGCAGCGGGGCGGCGCGGCGGCGGCUAGCGGUAGCGCGGUAUUUAAGAGUGGCCCUCUCUUCAUAUCAUCCAAAGGAAUUGGAUGGAAAUCAUGGAAAAAGCGUUGGUUCAUCCUCACUCGAACAUCACUGGUUUUCUUCAAGAGUGACCCUAAUUCCUUGCCCCAGAGAGGUGGUGAAGUGAAUGUUACUUUGGGGGGAAUUGACUUGAACAAUUCUGGGAGUGUAGUGGUCAGGGAAGACAAGAAGUUGUUGACUGUCCUGUUUCCAGAUGGUCGUGACGGUCGUGCUUUCACCUUGAAGGCAGAGACAUCUGAAGAUUUGUUUGAGUGGAAAACUGCAUUGGAAGAAGCUCUUGCGCAGGCCCCAAAUGCAGCUCUUGUGAUGGGACAUAAUGGGAUAUUUCGUAAUGACACAACAGAUCCAUAUGAAGGAGCUAUUCCAAACUGGCGAGAUAAGAGGCCUAUCAAAUCAUUAGUUGUUGGCAGGCCAAUUCUUCUUGCACUGGAAGAUAUUGAUGGCAGCCCUUCUUUCCUAGAAAAAGCUUUGCGGUUUCUUGAGAAACAUGGAAUAAAGGUGGAGGGAAUCUUACGCCAGGCUGCUGAUGUGGAGGAGGUUGACAAAAGAAUGCAAGAAUAUGAGCAAGGAAGGACGGAGUUUGCACCAGAUGAGGAUGCUCAUGUUAUUGGUGAUUGUGUAAAGCAUGUUCUCCGUGAACUACCAUCUUCUCCGGUGCCUGCUUCCUGCUGCACAGCUUUAUUGGAAGCUUUCCGUCUGGAAAGUAAGGAAUCUCGGAUAAAUUCUAUGCGUGCGGCAAUAUCUGAGACCUUCCCUGAGCCUAAUAGGCGGCUGCUACAGAGAAUUUUGAGAAUGAUGCACACUGUUGCUUCUCAUACUGCCGAGAAUCGAAUGACUCCAUCAGCAGUUGCUGCCUGUAUGGCUCCUCUCUUGUUGCGUCCACUUCUAGCUGGUGAGUGUGAGAUGGAAGAUGACUUGGACAUGAAUGGGGACAGUUCUGCCCAGCUCAUUGCUGCUGCAAAUGCUGCUAACAGCGCUCAAGGCAUUGUCACUACUCUCUUGGAGGAAUUUGAGGGUAUUUUCGAUGAUGAGCACAUGCGGUGUUCCCUAUCACCUGAUUCUCAAAUUGAAGAUAGCGGAAGUGAAGAGUCAACAGAUGAUGACACUCUGGAUAUCAAGGACAGUGGGUUUCAUGACGCAGAGAAUGAUGCAGAUCAAGAAUUAGAUGACUCUGAGAGAAUGUUGAGUGGAAAAUUAAGUGAAACUAGUGCAUGUACUGCUGGUGACCUCUAUGACUUCAAGGUGGUUGAUGGUGAUGAUUCAGACGCUGAACCUUCUGCAGGGGAUAAGGGUGUAGAAACAAAAGUGGAUGUAAAUGAUGCCCAGCAUAGUCAUUUAGUUGAAAAUGUUUCAGUGAAUGUCCAGAGAUCACCGGAUGAAAAAGAUCCACUAAAUAUGGUGUCCAGUCAGGAUUUCCCGUUGUCGAUGGGAGAGAUUCUAUCUUCUUUGGAUGCAGGAAUUUCCUUACCUGGUCCUGGAGCUGAAUAUUCUGUAGACAGGCAUUCCAUCAAAUCAAAUGGAACUCAGAUGCAUGUGAAACGCUCUAACUUUUGGGGACGGAACAAUGGAAGAAAAAGUCAACAGUCAGAAUUGGCUGAUUCAUCAGGUGAAGAAGAGCUGGCUAUCCAAAGACUGGAGAUCACAAAGAAUGAUCUACAGAUCAGGAUUGCGAAAGAGGCUAGAGGAAAUGCAAUCUUACAAGCUAGUUUGGAAAGAAGAAAACAAGCACUACAUGAACGCCGUUUGGCUCUGGAACAAGAUGUUUCAAGGUUGCAAGAGCAGCUACAAGCCGAAAGAGAUCUUAGAGCUGCAUUGGAGGUUGGAUUAAACAUGUCUUCUGCACAAUUUUCUAGUUCACGUACAAUGGAUUCAAAGACGAAGGCAGAGCUUGAGGAGAUUGCUCUCGCAGAGGCUGAUGUUGCAAGGUUAAAGCAGAAGGUUGCAGAGCUGCAUCUCCAACUCAAUCAGCAGCGCCAACAUCAGUAUGGCUCUUUGGUUGAUACAAAUGAUCGUUACCAACAUAUUCCAAAUCAUCUCCCACAGAACUUUGUUCAAUCAGGUUUUGAUAUGAACCUUGCUUUCUGUAAUCAGGAGAAGAAGCAAAGGAACGAGCAGGGCUCGGCAGGUGCAUCGCAUUGGAGAAGCAUCAAGCAGCACGUGCUACCUCAUGGUUCUUCAAGGCCCUUCUCCCGCAAGCUCUCCAUGGACGCCUCUUCGAGUGAUUCAAGAGAGGCAUCGACGAGCAUGCCAGCGGAUGGCAGUUCCAUGUCCGUGAACAUCCCAAAAGCAACCGAGGGUGUGGAGUACGGCAGGCAGCCGCCCGUGGCAUCGUCCACUCUGGUCGAACUGACGACCAGGCUAGAUUUCUUCAAAGAACGGAGGUCACAAUUAAUGGAGCAACUCCACAGUCUGGAUUUAGGAAAUGGGUCAGCUACUCAUGAUUUCUCAUACAAGUCUUCGUCUCCGUGGAACAGUCCAAGGUAGGAGGAGCGUUUUUUUUUUUUUUUUUUUUUUGGGCAACAUCGUGUUUGUAUAUUCUUGGUAAAGAAUCCUCUCAUUUUCUUUCGUAGUGGUGCCAUUGGUAGAAGCUGCUAGUGAGAAUGUAUAUCCCUUUCCUUUUCAUCUUCCAUUCGGUUUUGCUGUUGCAUGCGGCAGCCUCUUUUGGUUGUGAUUUUUGUAAAAUGCUUUUUGUAAUCUAUUGUAUGUAACACGAGUUGGGGGAUCAUAAUCACUGGCACUCGUUUCUGGUGUCUUUCCAAUAUAUAUUGUGUUUCUUUUA